ACGACGCACGUGCGAGCAGCGCCUGUGGGACAUGAAGGCCGCCGGGGGGACCGACUUCUACCUCUGCGAGGUUUACCCCUGCCACCCCCUGCCGCCCCUGCCGCCCCUGCCACUCCUGCCGCCCCUAUCACUCCUGCCGUCCGUGCCGCCCCUGCCACCCCUGCCACCCAUUGCUGUGUGCUUCACUGCGAUUCCAUGCGCUUCGCCUCAUUGCCUCGUCAAUCAAGCACGGAGCACUGCUAUCCCCAUUCUUUCCAUGCCAUCUCGCCCCUCGAGGUCGUGAGCAGUGACAUGAUCAUAGACGCGCGCUACAAGGGCAACCUCUCGCGCCUCAUCAACCACUCCUGCAACCCCAACUGCGAACUGCAGAAGUGGCAGAUGGAUGGGGAGGUGCGCAUAGGCGUGUGCACGCUGCGCGCAGUCAGCAAGGGGCAGUUCCUCACAUACGACUACCAGUUCAUAGGGGAAGGGGAAGCGCGGAGGCAGAGGGGAAAAGGGGACGGAAUAAAAGGGGAAGGGAGGGGGAAGACUGUGGUGGAUGUGUGUGGGGGAGUCGUAACAGGGGGCAGCGGCGGCAGGCAGGGCGGGGUGAGGGGAAGAGGACGGGGAAGAGGAGGUAGUAUGGGGCAGCAAGGAGCAGUGGGCGUGGGGAGAGGAAGCGGGAGGGGAAGAGGGCGAGGCAGGUGGGAGGUGGGAGGAAGGGAGUGUGGAGAGAGGGGUGGUGGCAAGAUGGGGAGAGGCAGGGGUGUUUCUGCAGGAGGUGCAGCAGUGCCGAUUGCCUUGGGGAGGGCUAAGAGUAUGGCUCUAGAGGCGGAUGAGGAGGAGGAGGAGGACGUGGAGGAGGAAGGAGGAGGAGAGGAGGAGGAGGCAGAUGAGGAGGAAGAGGAGGAGGAUGAAGAGGAAGGAAUGAGGGAGGAAGAGGGAGAGGAAGAGGAAGAGGAAGAGGAGGAAGUGGAGGAAGAUGAGGAAGUGGAGGAAGAGGAAGAGGAAGAGGAAGAGGAAGAGGAAGAGGAAGAGGAAGAGGAAGAGGAAGAGGAGGAAGAUCUGCAGGAGCGCGGGGAAGAGAUAUCUGGGGAGGGGCGUCGUGGGAGCAGGCGCCUCAUUCCGGGGCCGGGGUGGGCCCCGGUGCCCCUGCUGCGGCACCAGCGCAAGCGCCAGGCACGAGGAGUGCGAGGGGGCAUGCGCAGUGAUGUGCGCGGUAGCACUGCUGGCGCUGCUGCUGGGGGCAGCACCGCUGCUGGGGCCACCGGUGGGGAGGGCGGCGAGGGGGAGGGAGGUGGCAGGAGGGCGCAGGAGGGAUCGUGUGUGACGUCAGUGGCUGCGCUGGGGGCCGUGCUGCUGUGGCGGUGGGUGGGUGCGCUGGCGGGCAGGGGGACGUGGGCGGAGUGGGUUUCUUGCUGUCCUGCCUCUCACUGCCACCUCUGUGCUGCUGCUGCGGUUGCUGCUGGUGGUGGUGGCUUCAAAGUACCUGCUGGGCCUUGUUUGGCUGCUGCUAGUGCCGGCCCUUAUUCUGCUGUUGCAGCUGCUGCUGCCGUGGGAAGAGGAGCAGUGGGAUAUAGUGGGAGCAGACAGACGGAAAGACGGAGGAAGCGGAUUCAGACGGAGGGGUGUGACGCUGCAGAGGGGCUAGUGGGGGAGAGUUUCUGUGCAGCAUGCACAUGCAGAGGCGCGGAUGGUGCAGGGGGGUGCACACAGGGGCGUGCACACAGGGGGGUGCACACAGGGGGCGUGCACACAGGGGGCGUGCACACAGGGGGGGUGCACACAGGGGGCGUGCACACAGGGGGCGUGCACACAGGGGGCGUGCACACAGGGGGCGUGCACACAGGGGGCGUGCACACAGGGGGCGUGCACACAGGGGGCGUGCACACAGGGGGCGUGCACACAGGGGGCGUGCACACAGGGGCAAGGACUCCUGUGGUGAUAGCGCAUGAGCACAUGUGGCGCAUGGCUACGGAUCAACGGCCAGGAUUGCAGGGUGUGGCGGUGGAGGGAGCGGGACAGACGGUGCCGAGGAGCGGGUGGCAGAAGCAGGCUCUCUCUCUCUGCUCCCACCUGCCCCUCGUGGCCCCUCGUCGCCCCAUGAUGCAUGCGGGGUCCGCCACUGGCAAUGGCGCGCUGGCAGUGGGUGCACACGUGGACACUGCUGGUUGCACUGAUGUGACACGUCAGCAGGAAAGGGAAGGGGAUGGGGGACGCUUGGGGGGAGAGGAGGGGAAGAGAGACGGAAAGGAGGGGAUGUUUGAAGGUAGAGAAGGGAAAGGGGAGAGAGGGAGGGGGAGAGGAGUGAGAAGGGGUAGAGGAGGGAGAGGAGGGAAGGGAGGGAGAGGAGGGAGACGAGAUGGAAGAGGGAGCAAAGGCAGCGAUGGGAGAGAGGAUGUGGCUACAGGUGACCUCAAGGGGCUUGGCGUUGCUGCUGCUGCUGCUGCUGCUGCUGCUACUGCUGGUGGUGACGCCAGUGCUGCUGCUGCUGCUGCUACUGCUGGUGGUGACGCCAGUGCUGCUGCUGCAUGCGGGCAGGGCAGGAGAGGGGGCAUGUCUUGCGCUCGAGCAGCAGGGCCGGGCCGAGGGGGAAGUGGCAGCAGCAGACACGCAGCAGCUAGAGUGGUGGCAGCUGCAAUGACUCGCGUGGCGAGGGGAGGGCGGGAGGGCGAGGAGGGCGUGGAGGGCAGGCGGGGGGAGGGAGGGGAGGGAGAGGAGGGCGGGGGAGGGGGCGGAGGGGCGGGGGGCGCGUGGUGGGGCGGGGGUGGGGGGCGAGGGGGCGCGGAGGCGGAGGGGGGUGCGGGAUGCCAUGCUGGAGCGGCUGAGCCAGGCGCUGGUGGGGCAGCGCGUGCAGCUCUGGUGGCCCCUGGAACAGAGGUGGGAGGGGGGGGGGGUGAGGAAGGGCUGACGAGAGAUAGAGGAGGGAGAGUGCGGCGGAUGGGUGGGCGGUUACCAGAGGUGGUGUGGUUCUUCGCAGGCACGGUUAUGGGCUUUGACCCCGCCACCAUGAAGCACCAUCCAGCCCUCCUCUCCCCUGUCUUCCACCCGCACUCCUCUCCUCCUCUCCCCCGCCUCCCUUCCCCGCUUCCUCCCCCUGGUCCAUACACUCACACUCUAAAGGCCUCACCAACCCUCCCUCCCCUCUUCUCCCCUUCCCCUCCCCCUUAUCUCCCUCCCCUCUUCCCCCCUUCCUUCCCUCCCUUCCAACCCCCUCGCUCCCUCCCCUCCUCCCUUUCCUCUGUUCGCAGGUUCGGGGCUGAGCCGGGCGGAGCAGGAGGCGCUGGCACGGCAGCAGGCGCUGGUGGGGCGAAGGGUGGAAGUGUGGUGGCCGCUGGAACAGAGGUGGCUCUUCAACCAUGCAUGAUGUCACCCACCCCCUCUCUUCCCAUGCUCUCCUCUCAUUUUACCCUUGUCUUUGAUUGUCUCGUGGGGCACCUCGCCACUGGCAUCACUGCUUCCCUUGACCCGCCCAAACCCCCUGCCAUUCCACCUGUUGUGGUCUUGUGCCACUGUUCGCUUCCUCUCCUGAUAAUGCUCCGUCCCUCGUUGCCUGCCCUCCCUAGCAGGUUCUUCAAGGGGGUCAUUGGCGGCUACGAUGCUUCCACUCUCAAGCACAGGGUGCGUGCCACCUGCCAUGUGCCACCCACCUGCCAUGUGCCACCCACGUGCCAUGUGCCACCCACCUGCCAUGUGCCACCCACGUGCCAUGUGCCACCCACGUGCCAUGUGCCACCCACGUGCCAUGUGCCACCCACGUGCCAUGUGCCACCCACGUGCCAUGUGCCACCCACGUGCCAUGUGCCACCCACGUGCCAUGUGCCAGUGUUCUCGCAGUGGUGGCAUAUGAUGAUGGUGACGUGGAGCACGUAUCUUUGCGUGCGGAGCGGUGGCGCUUUGAGAGACAAACGGUGCCACCCACUGCCUGCUACUCGUUGCCCUUCUCCUGGCGAUCCGAGGUUUGUUUCUAAUCUCUCGCUCUUCCCUCCCCGUCGCCACCACAUUUCCUCUCCCUACCCCCAAUGUCAUCACUCGGCAUGCUGCCUGCAUCCCGUGCUCCCCUCUAUCGCUUGCCCCCCUUUUUCAGCCCGCUCACCGUGCAUGGUGGUACAGCACGACUCUAACACACUAGGACUCACGCUCCCUGCUUGCACUCACGCGCCCCCUCUCCCUUCCGCUCUCCCCCCCCCCACCCUGUUCCCCCUCCCCCCUUCCCCCUCCUCCGUUCCCCAUCGCCUGUCUCCCCUCCGGCUGUCCCUUCCCCCCCCCAGCCACUGA